GAAAGAGUUUUUGAUCGAUAGAGAAGGAAGGAAAAAAAAAAAGAAAAAAAAAAGGCGCCGAUCAAGAUGCCGGCGCGGCGCUCAAAAUCGGCCUCGUCCUUGCCCGUCAUGGGUGCGCGCAACGCCAAGCGGAGGUCAAGCGGGCGUGCCGCGGGGCGACCAUCAUCGCGCGAGCAAACGCAGCAACGCACUUCAGCCAAGCCCAGCCCUGCCAGAUCCUCGCCGGCGGCCUCAGCCCCACGCCGUGCCCGUAGCAAACCGCGGCGCUCGCGUGGUGGUGAUGACGCCGAUGUACCGCAAUUGUCAGCUCGUGCGGUCACUCUGUUCAACAAGGUCAUGACCGGCCGUGGACUACAGUCCACGGUGCAGGGAUGGAUUGCACACUUUGGGCAAGAGCCAGAAGUCGCCACCUGUGACCUUCUGGCCGUUUUCUCUCAAGCCUGCGGUGCCAAAGGGGCCAUCACCAACGCAAUGUUGGAACAACCAAACUUGGCCGUUGAUGUGCUCAUCCGCACCGUGGACGGCGACCAAUCCUAUCUCAUUGGUGGACGCACUGCCAAAGACGCCAAGAGCCGCCUAUCCAAGUUUAUGCAUGCACUGAUUGACAAUGGGCGUGACGCAUUGUGGCUGAACGAGGAAUCUUGUCAGCUGGGCAACGCGUUGGUCGAUGCUACACAUAAGCUUUCACAAGACAUGGAAGCUCAGGAUUUGGUAAUCCAGGAACUGGGCGCGCCUCAGGUCAACGGCAAACCGUUGAAAAAGGCCCAGCGCCGCCGACUUGACGAGGCCACGGCUCGAUUGCAAGAGUUUGAUAGCCUGUUCACCCGCGCAGAAAAGUGGCUGGAUGAGAUUUUCAUGGGUGUCAUCGUCCAUCGCUAUCGCGAUGUAUGCCACGAUAUUCGGCGCGAUACCUUAACGGCACUGGGCUAUUGGAUCAUCAACAGCUGGGAAAAGUUUCUUGAUGACACCUUCCUCAAGUACAUUGGCUGGUCCUUGUCCGACAAGCACCAUGAAGUUCGCCUCUGUGUGCUGCACACAUUGGAGGCACUGUACGGCAAUCAGGACACGCGUGAGCAGCUCGGAUCCUUCACGCAGCGCUUCAAGGACAACAUUCUUUUCAUGGUCUGGGAUGCCAACACCGACGUGGCGGUGCAGGCAUUUGCAGUCCUACACCACCUCUGCAACAUGCAGGCACUCAGCCCAGAGCAGAUUCAACUGCUUUUUGCCGGCUUGCAGAGUGACCAAGCGCCUGUAGCAAGCGCGGCUGCCAAGCUGGCCAAGGAGGUUUUGCUCGACGCGCAAUUACCCCUCCACUUUGAGCUGCACAAAAUUGAGGACGAGGCCCACCAACGUCGGCUAUCCAUGAAGACGCUUGUGCGUCUUAUCACCAGCACCGACAUGAUCGAUAACAUGGUCCGCGCAGGCUGGGACCACAUUAGUCUCUUUCAGAACACCGGCGUGCUGUUCAGUCGGCCGGGCUUGGCGCCCGGCAAGCCGGAUCAAAUCAAGAGGCUAAUCCUCGUGCCGGCGUGCGAGCAGGAUUUUGAUUGCUAUUUUGAGUUACUGGAGCAAGACAAUGUGACGGGUGAGGAGGCCCUCGAUGAAAGCGCCGAAGCAGCUGACACGAGUUUGACGGCGGAGGAGGAAGCCAACUUUCUGCACAUGUUUGCUGCGGCCAUGAAAGUGUCUCGUGAGAGCAAGUCAACCAGCCGCAGCGAAUGGAGUGCUGUCUCAAAGAAGUUUGUGCGCAAGGCUGGUGAUCUAUUGGAAAAGCAUGCGCACGAUGAUGCAAACACGGCCGCAAUCAUCAAGGCGCUCUCUGAGGUGGACCCCAAGGCGUACUCGGGAGCUGCAGCCAAGGAGUUGGACCGCUUGUUUCCGCUGGUGGCCAAGGCUCUGCUUGGAGCCAACGACAUUGCUGCCAUUCGUGCCGUCGUCAACUUUCUUGGCGACCUCGCUGAAUCCAAGAUGGCUGUCGCAGCCAAAGCGGAAACGUGCAUGCAAAGCAUCCUGGAAGAUCUACAAAUGAAGCUGGACCAAUAUGAGGCCAGCGGCUUGGUAACGUUUGACCCCAAGACUGACGAUGAGACAGAUGGUAUCGUGGGCCUCCGGCUCACACUCAAGCGAUUGGCCUCCUGUGCAACGCGUUUCCCUGUCGUGCCAGAGGCACUCCACCAGCUGCUGAACAGUAUGGUCGAGCGGGCCAUUGACCUGACUUUGGAUAGCGAGGCAAGUGCAGAUGGCACACACCGUGUCACUCGACUUGAGAGUCUGGAGCAUCUGUGUGUGUUGCAGUCACGGCUUUUGGCGAUUUGUCUGGCUACCUUGGACACCAAGGAUGCUGCCGCCAAGGCCUCCUUUCUGCAAAAUGUGGCUCGGCUCGAGGCUUUGGUGAAGAAGGCUUUGUCAUCGUUAUUUGCCAACACGGCCGUGGCGGCUUGCAUUGGGUACUGCGAGCUCUGCAUCGUCAGCGCGCAGCUGGCGCACGAUGCCGAAGACGACGAGGCUUCCGAAUCAGACUCUGAUGAGUCUGAGAAGAGUGACGCGAAAGCGGAUGCCGAUGCGGCUGCUGCACCCAGCCAAGAGCUCGUACUUUUUUGCUCCGAAGGGUUUGCCACCAGCGUUGCCGAGUUCGUGCGUGACAUGGUUGCAUUUACUCCUGCCAGCGAUGCCGACCCGGCAGAUGUGGUCGAGUACGAAGGUCUGCUGGACUCUCUUCUUUCCAUUUUUACGGCUUUGGCCACCUUACAUCUGCUACCUGAAAGCGUCUGGGUACCUUUGGUACCUCAUUAUAGUACGAAUGCCAAGGUUAAACACGUUUUUAAAGCAUACCUGAAGCAGCUGCGUCAGCAGGACAGCAGCACGUCGAGUGUUUCGGCAGCACGAGUCAUUCUCAACGGCCUUACGACUUGGGCACUGACGGCUGAUGAGAAAGACCAGCACAUGGUGCUGGAGGUGACUCGCAGCUUGGCCAUGACAUUCAGUCAGCGUACUGAUGCCCAUCGUCGACAGCUGCACUGGUUGUUCCAGAGCCUAUGCAAGGUAGCUUGCACGCAGCUUGCGGAGGGCUCGCGCAGCGCCAAUACCAUUUUCAUUUUUGCCCUUGCGCGUGAAGUGGCUUCUCGCAUGGGUACUGCGGAUCGCGAAUAUGCGGCCAAAAGCUUUGACAGCAUCGAGGUUGAGCAGCCCAUGGAGCCCAAGGAGCACAGCCAGGAAUGGCAGCCUUAUUUUGCUCUCGUUGAUCUGCUGUCGGGAGCAAGUAAAGGGGCCAAGACGCCAGCCUCGGCUCGUCGCGCAACACGUCGCAUUCAGCCAGAUGAAGACAUUGAGGAUGAUGGUGAACCAAGUCCCGCGGCCGCUCCUACUUCUGCUCGGCGGGCCGGCCGACGUGCGAAUCGUGGCCGGCGCAGUGAGCCGAUUAGUGACGACGAAGUCGGCGAGGGUGAUGAGGCGGAUGAGGAUGAGGCCGAUGGGUGGAUUUCCACUGUGCCCAAGCGCGCUAAAACGUCCCGUCAAGCAAGCCGGGCAUCGACGCGCACCCGGGGUGCAGGCCGAGGCCGUGCGGCUCUCGUCGACGCCAUCUCAGAUGACAGCGAUGACGACGACGGUGCAGACCAAACCGGGGCUGCGGCUCACGCAGACGAUUCUGAUGAGAUUGAGGAUGAACCCUCACAACCGCCCAAGCGCUCAAAGCGCGUGACUCGCGCCCCCGUGUUGCAUCUGGACUCGUUGGAUGAUGUUGAAGAGGUUGCACCGAUCACGCGAGCGUCAGAUGAAUCAGACUUGGAGGAGGUCUUGUAG